CUCUUGUUUACUUGGUGAAACGGAAAGAAGAGUCGAAUCUUGCACGACAUGUCGGUUGACGAAGAAAAAGUCGAACCACUUAGCUGCGCUGCGCUAGAGGAGGCUGUUAACUUUAUGAAGAAGGCCUACGACGUCAUGAACCAACAAGCAAUUGACGUCCGCAAGGAAAAAGAGGCCUUAGAAUCUGUGGCGAAGAAGCUUGAACAUGUUCACUUUGCCUCUACCAUCACACUGAACGUAGGUGGUCAGCGUUUCACCACGAGUCUUCAAACAAUUACAAAGGAUAAAGGAUCAAUGCUACACGCCAUGUUUUCAGGCCGAUUUGAUUCAAAGCCCGCUGAAGACGGAUCUUACUUCAUUGAUCGUGAUGGAACUCACUUCCGGUAUAUCUUGAACUAUCUUCGAACAGGGUAUCUUCUUGCCCCAGAUGACAAACUAGUCCGCAAAGAAUUACUAGAGGAAGCUCAGUUCUAUCAGAUACGUGGAAUUGUUGAUGAGCUUUGUCCUACGCCGUUUCAGGGAUCAAACAUCUUGUCAGACGAACAGAAACAAUUCUUGGCCCACAGUUGUCUCAAAGAAAAAUUGGAACUCCGUCAUUCCACCUUUGUGCUGAUUUAUCGAGCCUCAAGAGAUGGGUGGCAUUCUUCCAGGUUCCAUGCUCUUUGCGACUAUAAAGGACCAACUGUUACCGUGGUGAGGAGUGGAAAUUACAUUUUUGGAGGCUACACAGAGCAGUCGUGGGAUGGUAAGCAUUAAUUACUUAGAUCGAUCUCCAUGAGUAGUUCCGACGAAAUCGAAAUCGCGACAAUCGCUAUUGACUGAUAAAAAGCGGACGAUCUUAAAGCUUAUAAAAGCGACGAACGAAUUCGUAUUCCAAGAACCAAGUUUGACAGCGUUCAGGUAGUAGUGCGAUGAAGGCAAAGACAUUUGCCAAAAAGUGGUCGAUUAUGUCUAGAGUCCCCUGUUGCAGUUUUAGUUUUCUCGUUUCCUUUAUUGUCGUCGUGGCUGUUUGAGUUCGCUGCGUUACCACGGAAAGAAAUUUGCGGCGAUUUCGUGGUUAAAACAAACGACUUUAUGUGAAAGCGCGAUGAAACGUACGCAGGUACUCAUAGAAGGAAAGACAGCAGAUUCUGUUAAGAUCUAACUUUGCGCAUAUACUGUUUAAUUCUGCUUCACUCGUAUUUCAAUUGACUCCUCAAUCAAAUCGUUUUUCAGUGGUUCCUUUGUGAAUUAUGUUGAAUCAAUUCGUGUGUAUGUAAGUAAGUUCUCCAAGACUGCAUCCUUAAUGACAUAGCCUGGGACCAGGCUCCGUAGUCGGGGAAAAAGGAAAAAACAGAGGUCAAAUAGGACAAAUAUACACAUCAUAUAUACUUCACAUCAAAGAUAGCAUGUGUUUGCCUCAUAUUUUCUUGCAGGUAUUUACUCUCACACCCAUUUUCCUUUACUAUAUUACACAUGUACAUUUACUCCAAUUCUCUCCCCCUUCCAUCCCUGACAUUUUAUGUCCCCCCCCCCCCGAGCUUCGCGAGGUUCUGCGAUACACGUAUUUCUAGGUUGUUUAAAGAUAUAAACAGACUAACAAUCAUUUAGGCCAUUUCAGAGGCGAGGCUAACUGCAAAAGCUUUCAUGUGAAAAUGAGCUUCAUUUGCAUGAAAAUAAACAAUAUUUUCAUAUCAAUAGCUUCGCACUUAACCUCGUUUUAAAACAGAGGCUUGGAACAACUCGGAAAUGGCCUGUUAUCGGAGGUAAACGCCAGUUUCCGUAUCUCAAACCGCCCUUGGAUACCUUGUGAUGCCUACACAAAGUAAUUGCAUAUAUUUAUAUACAUAUGUGAGUGAGCCCUGACUAUAGUGAUUAGGGUUAAGCACUAACAAUACUGAUUAGGGUUAAGCACUUAGAAUAGUGAUUAGGGUUAACGGUUAGCUUCUUUUUAGGGUUAGGGUUUUCGCUACAGUAGUUAAGAUUAUGCAUGCAAUUUCUAGGACUGCCAUGGCGGAUAACACUCUCCGAGAUCUGCAUAAUUCUACAGAUUAUUCGAAAGCCGGAUCCCAUAAUUGCUUUAUUAUUCAUUCAUAAGUUAAUCUAGGGACCAGUCAUUAUUUAUCGCCUGGGGAGGAAUUUUGGGCUUAACACGGUAAAAUAUGGCUGAUCCCCCCCUUUCAAUGUUAUUUUACUGAAGUGAUCUUCCCUCAUAACUCUUUAUAACUUUCGUGAUCCCCCCAAAGUUUCGCACCCAUGUUCACCUUUCGACGUGUAUAUUUUCUGUUUUUAUUUUUGGCUCAAAGAAGAAGGGAGUAUUACAGAAAUUUCAUGGAAAAAGGGUGGCCGCGGACCACUGGGCCGACCCCAAAAUCCACCCAUGAUUUUAAAAUCCUAAAACUGUAGCAGCCUUUUUAAGAUUUUAAAGUAUACGGUCAACCUGCCGCGCGUAAGGCUGGGCUAAAUAAAUCGGAUGAUGAGGCUCAAGACACAAAUGAAAAAAUAUUGGAUGAUGAGACCCAAGAUGAGACAGACGAGGCUGUUGAAUGGGAUUUGGUUUAGAGCUGAAAAAGGGUGCCCCAUUCCUGGAGAGGCGAUGACGUUAUUUCACAGUAAAAUUUUUUCAGUGAUCCUUCCUUUUAGGUUCCCUAUUACGAAUGAUCCCCCUUUCUGUUCUCCUAAAAAACAAGUGAUCUCCCCCAAUCCUCCGAUUCCCCCCGCCCCCAGGCGAUAAAUAAUGACUGGUCUCUUAUACUUUACUGAUGACUUACCUCCGUCUUCAUUUGUUUUUUCCUCGGCAAAUUCAGGACAUAAAGGGAUGUUGAGUCUACCAGAUAGCAGUUGUCAUCCGUUGAGUUGUAUUUUUGCUGUUCUUGUUAAUUAUGUUCGCCUUGUUGGUCUUCUCAAAAAGUGGAUAUCUUCCGCCAUUUUUCUUCACCACGAAACGCAACCCAGUCCCCAGGGCUUCUCAUCCCUUUUCCUGGCGAAAGCUUGCACUAUUGACGUAAAUUUACCGAAUCAGUAUUCGCAAACGUCUGCCAAAUUUGUCAAUGCUAGAUAGUUUUCGACAAUAGGCCGGGAUAUUUGAGUCAACGUCAGAAGAAGGCUAGAAAUACGUGAAUCGCAGGACCUCUCGGAGCACUUCGGGGGAACGGCAAGAAGUGGGAAGAAAGGGAAAAUAAGGAAAUAGGAAAGAGAAUCUAAAAAUGUAAAAAAAACUUACGCUAUCUAAAGAAACAAAACAAAACGACAAUAACUAAAAAAAUACCGAACGAAAAGAAGAGUAAAAGAAAAAUAAGGCUUCUCCGCCCGGAAUCGAACUCAAGACCUCCCACGGGCCGGGCCAUAUUUUUUUAUUUUAUCUACAAGAGUUGUUCUCAUAUCCUUUGGUUAUUUCUGCUGGUGAAUUGUCAACAAGAUUUAGUAUACAUCAUGAGAAAUAGCGGUAUAGUUAAUAAGUGGUCAAUGUCACAAGGUAAACACGAGAGCGUUGUUGGAUAUUUUAGCAAGGGCGUCUGAGUCCUAUGCACCAGUCAUACGGGAAAUAAAACUGAGUAUGGCGAAGCUUGUACAAUUUAUGUUGAUAUUGUAAGUGACCUUUGACUGAGGAUUUAAAAAUAGUCAGCAGUGAAAUGUGUGUGUUCCGGACUGGGUCUAUAUUCUGUAGCGGACUUGUGAAUGGCAGAACUGGCCAUAUUGUUACCACUACGCCACGUGAGAAAAUACCAUGAAGGAGAUGUUAAAAUUUUACUUAAAGCCUUUCCCCUAAAACUUCCGCCAGCACACCCUGUUUAAGUUGAUCAAGCCCUAUUAAUAACGAAUUCAAAGCUAUUGUCACGAAAAUAACUGGACUGGUGUUUUUACGGUAAAAAACCGAACUUAAACGCAUUUCAUCGCAUUUAAAGAACAGAUACCCAACAAAGCCGAUGUUUUGUUACCUCGAUUUUCGCUCAUAUUAAAGCUAAUAAUGAUCCAAGUCGCUUCCAUUUCGUCUUAAAAGUACUUUUGCCGUGGAAAUUCAUCGCAAAAAGCACUUAUCGCUUCCUAAAACGGGCUCUGAAAAAAAACAACCCGAUAAUUAAAUAUGACCAAAGCAGGGUGGGUAGAAAACGAAAACCUAAGACCCAAAAACGAAGACCCCCCUCAAAAUCACUUAUAAAUAGCUAGAAACGGGUAUCUCGACCUUAGGUGUGUCAGAAACAACAAGAUCUUCAGUUAUCAAUGAAAUUGACCAGGGUCUUCGUUUUCUACAUACCCCCCAAUGUAGAAAACGAAGACCCCCCUCAAAAUCACUUGGAAACGGCUCAAAACUGCUAAUAACGACUUCUAGACACUAGAUGUAGAAAACUAUUUCAUUGAUAAUUGAUGAUCUUAUAAAUAGCUGGAAACGGGUAUCUCGACCUUAGAUGUGUAAGAAUUCUUACACAUCUAAGGUCGAGAUACCCGUUUCCAGCUAUUUAUAAGUAAUUUUGAGGGGGGUCUUCGGUUUUGGGCCUUAGGUCUUAGGUGUUCGUUUUCUACCCACCCGACCAAAGCAAGAAAGUCCCGAAAGUAGCGACCCCCGAAAAUAACGAUCCUCCGAAAGCAGCGACGGAUGUGAUAGAUAUCCUGAAUGAGCUAAGUCAAACUGAUUGAGGUUUAAUUUUUGACACUCCUAUUCAAAGGACAAAACUUAACACUUAAAGAACAUAAUAUUAUAUGCAUUACAAAGAGCCGAAGUAUGUUAUGUAGAAACGUUUUGUAAAAGUUGCAAUGAGGGUAAGAUAUGAAGUAAUCCGGAUCCAAAUGAUGUGAAACUAGUCCAAUCCAAUUACCGAGAUGCUUUUCACUUUUCUACGAGAAAACUCUACUUUAUGGUUUUUCAUCGUUGAAUGCCUGCGAAGCAACUCGCAAAGCGAGUACGCUUUUAGCCACCUGAAAGACCCCCCGAAAGAAGGGACUCUCCGAAAGUAGCGACAGGAGAAGGCUGCUAAAUCCGAAAGUAACUUUACUGGAAAGCUGUUAGGACAGUUUGUCAAUACUGGCUAUAAAACCAGCUCUGGUGUCUUUAACCCUGAUCUCAAAUAAAGAGAGGCCAUUGUUACUGAAAGUCAAAAAGGAAAAUUAACAAUUAUGUUAUUAUUAACAAUAAUUCAUAAUGAUAACACGAAUAAUAAAUCUAUUUUUUACCAUAAAAAAAAUGAAUAAAAAAUAAACCAAUUGUCAGAAAAUAUACCUUUUAUUUUUUCAGAUAACAAGUUUUAACUUAUUAAAAUACUGUUUCCUCAUAUUUACUUUCGUUCCUUGUGAUAUUUAAGGGCGUACGUCGAAUGUUUUUAUGCUUUCACUGAGUAAAGCUAAGAUAUCGUAGGCUGUGCUUCCCGAAAAUAUUUUUAUUUUAUUUUAUUUUAAUUCCAUAGGUGUCAGUAGCUACAAACAGUGCACAGAGUCAUUUUUAUUUAGCCUCGUGAACCCGUCUGGUUCUGAGCCAACAAAGAUGCCACUCAAGGGUACUAACAACCAGAACGGGAUUUACUGCAACAGUGGAUAUGGGCCAACAUUUGGAGGAAACCAUGACCUGCACAUUGCCAAUGGAGCAAAUGCAAAUUCAAAUAGCUACAGCACUUUAGGCAACAGCUAUGAAUAUCCACCGCAUGGAAAUGCUUCAUUCCUGGUUGGCCAAAAAAAUUUUAUGGCCAAUGAAUUGGAAGUGUUUUUAUUUCAGGCCACAGGAUAA